AAGCAACAUUGGAUCGAAGGAAUGAAGCUGAAAAGAAGAGAAACAAGAGAGAAAAUCUGCAGCACUUAAUGCAGUGUAAUCUGAAAGACUCGAAAUCUAACACCAAACCUCCCUCACCACCGCCAGUUCACUCGCUCUCUUUUGCGUGGCUCGUGUUGCUUCCAUGUUGGCAGCUCGGUCAUCACUCGUUCUCUCCAUAAAUCCCUCGCCGAAUACCCUUAAAUCUUCUCUGCACUCGACUCGGCUCGGAGCGGUGGAAUCGGUUAGCAAAGAUGUUGGACGUUUGGUCGUGGAUUUGCGCGUUGCCCGAGUCGGCCACGUGGACCGAGCCGGGCUCGGGCUCGCCGCAGGUCUUCGAACUCGCGAGUUCCAAGACAGGUCGCGGGGGAGCGCCUGGGUCGAUCCGGAUUCAGGCAGACCGGACCUUGAGACCCGGUUCGGAACCAUCGGUGACCUUCGCAGUCCGUGCUUGCAACUUCCAAGAAUCUAGCGAGGAGAGGACCCUCUGGGUCUCUGACGCGUGUCCUCUCUCCUCGGACAAGCCGUUCCUCCCGCUGCUGCUCCAGCUUCUCCAAGAGACGAUCUCGCGGUCGCCGACCACGCGUGAGAGCUCGUGCCCGCGCUCCCAGCUCCAGAAGCUCCGUCCCGAUCCGGUCUCCUGGAUCAUGGACUCCCACUCGCCCGAAUCCCUGUCGAGCUUCUUCAACCUGGUGUUCCUCACGCGCAUGUUCUGGGCUUGCUCGUUCGACGUGCCGAGCGAGAUCGGGUCCUUCUACUUCCAGUCCCUGCUGGCCCCGAACCUGGAAGCGCUGUCCUGCAAGCACGCGCCCGUGCUUCGCACCUUCUUGUGGUCGGUCGGCGUCGACGCGGAGGUGUGCUUCAUGCGCACCCUCGGGUACAUGCUGGCGAAAUGGCUCAUUUUGAGGGAGGUGGGCGUAGGAUUACAAGCCCUAACCCCUCUGCCCGUUCAGGGACUCUCGUUCUCCUACGCGACGGAGGCUCACGGGCUUUGGAUCUUGAAGGGCUAUGCGCCAGUGGCGGCCAUGAAGCUCACACGCUCGAACGAUCAGAUGAAGAAGUUUCCCGUCAUGGAAGCGAAAGAUUCAGUGCUGAAGUACGUGCUGUCGCACCAGCAACUUGAGGCCGUCAUUCAGUUGGAAUAUUCGGUCAAGUUCUGUGACGGGUAUAUCCAGGUCAAUGCACGUGUCGACAACGUACGCCUCCACGUGGUGAAUCUCGGGUUCGGUAAGGAGAGCAGCGGCAACGACGACUUGGCGUUCGCCGGCGAGAGGCACUUCCCUUCCAGGGCCCGCGUCUGGGUCGGGCCGGAGGUCGGGGCGACGUACGUGGGCGGGCUCAGCCUGGGCCGGUCCACGAGCAACGGGGAGAGAGGGCUGGAAACGCAGAGGAUCAUGAAGAGCACCUUCGGGAAGUCGAAGGUGCCGGAGGCGAAGGCCACCGGGAAGACGUCGACGCGCGCAAAGCUGAGGAACUGGAGGUGGGACCAGGACUCGGAGGGCAACGCUGCAGUGUUCGACGCGGUCCUGCACGACAGCACCACCGGCCAGGAGGUCGCCAUGUGGCAUCCGUCAAACGGCGACGGGUUCCGGAGGAGGUACACAGCUGCGAACAGGCCGUUUACGAAGUCCGGAGGGCUAGUAUUCGCGGCAGAUGAGUAUGGAGAGAGCGUGGGGUGGAGGCUGAGCAGGGAGAUGGAAGGGAGUGUGCUGAAGUGGAGGAUUGGAGGGCAAGUGUGGCUGAGCUACGUGGCCAAUGAUGUGAAGAGCUCAUACUUUGAGACUAGGGUUGUGGAGUGGUGUGAUGAGAUUGACUUGCCCCUGAUUCCUGGCAAAUUGGCAUAGAAAAAUCUGAAACUUAAGGUUUGGUAUAGUCCGUAUGUAUAUACUUUAGUACAUAUGUAUUGGCUUGCUCUAUGAUAAAUGUAGUGCAUACCCAAUAAUGUACCUGAAUCUUAUGAGAAUUAUGAAUGGAAAAAUCUAUUUAGUAA